GGGCGCACGUCGAGGGCUGCGACCGCCACAGCAGGCAGGGCUAACGGGCUGCGGGCCCGGGAUCGCGGCGGCUGGACGGGGCUCGAACUGUAGGGAGGGCAGAGCUACAGGGCCUGCAAGGAUGUUGGCUGUCCCGGAGAUGGGCCUGCAGGGGCUGUACAUCGGCUCCAGCCCGGAGCGGUCCCCAGUGCCUAGCCCACCAGGCUCCCCAAGGACCCAGGAAAGCUGCGGCAUUGCCCCCCUCACACCCUCGCAGUCUCCAAAGCCCGAGGCCCGAGCCCCCCAGCAGGCCUCCUUCUCUGUGGUGGUGGCCAUUGACUUUGGCACCACGUCUAGUGGCUAUGCUUUCAGCUUUGCCAGUGAUCCUGAGGCCAUCCACAUGAUGAGGAAAUGGGAGGGCGGAGACCCGGGCGUGGCCCACCAGAAGACUCCGACCUGCCUGCUGCUGACCCCGGAGGGCGCCUUCCACAGCUUUGGCUACACCGCUCGCGAUUACUACCAUGACCUGGACCCGGAAGAGGCGCGGGACUGGCUCUACUUCGAGAAGUUCAAGAUGAAGAUCCACAGUGCCACGGAUCUCACCUUGAAGACCCAGUUAGAGGCAGUAAAUGGAAAGACGAUGCCCGCCCUGGAGGUGUUCGCCCAUGCCCUGCGCUUCUUCAGGGAGCACGCCCUUCAGGAGCUGAGGGAGCAGAGCCCAUCGCUGCCAGAGAAGGACACUGUGCGCUGGGUGUUGACGGUGCCUGCCAUCUGGAAACAGCCGGCCAAGCAGUUCAUGCGGGAAGCUGCCUACCUGGCUGGACUAGUGUCCCGAGAGAAUGCAGAGCAGCUACUCAUCGCCCUGGAGCCUGAGGCUGCCUCGGUAUACUGCCGCAAGCUGCGCCUGCACCAGCUCCUGGAUCUGAGUGGCCGGGCCCCAGGUGGUGGGCGCCUGGGUGAGCGCCGCUCCAUCGACUCCAGCUUCCGUCAGGCUCGGGAGCAGCUGCGAAGGUACCGCCACAGCCGCACGUUCCUGGUGGAGUCGGGUGUAGGAGAACUGUGGGCAGAGAUGCAAGCAGGAGACCGCUACGUGGUGGCUGACUGCGGCGGAGGCACCGUGGACCUGACGGUGCACCAGCUGGAGCAGCCCCAUGGCACCCUCAAGGAGCUCUACAAGGCAUCUGGGGGCCCUUAUGGCGCGGUGGGCGUGGACCUGGCCUUCGAGCAGCUGCUGUGCCGCAUCUUCGGUGAGGACUUCAUCGCCACCUUCAAAAGGCAACGGCCGGCAGCCUGGGUAGAUCUGACCAUCGCCUUCGAGGCUCGCAAGCGCACUGCUGGCCCGCACCGUGCAGGGGCGCUCAACAUCUCGCUGCCCUUCUCCUUCAUUGACUUUUACCGCAAGCAGCGGGGCCACAACGUGGAGACCGCUCUGCGCAGGAGCAGCGUGAACUUCGUGAAGUGGUCCUCACAGGGGAUGCUCCGAAUGUCUUGUGAAGCCAUGAACGAGCUCUUUCAGCCCACAGUCAGCGGGAUCAUCCAGCACAUAGAGGCGCUGCUGGCACGGCCGGAGGUGCAGGGUGUGAAGCUGCUGUUCCUGGUGGGCGGCUUCGCCGAGUCAGCAGUGCUGCAGCACGCGGUGCAGGCGGCGCUGGGCUCCCGCGGUCUGCGUGUCGUGGUCCCACACGACGUGGGCCUCACCAUCCUCAAAGGCGCUGUGCUGUUCGGCCAGACGCCGGGCGUGGUGCGGGUCCGCCGCUCGCCGCUCACCUAUGGCGUGGGCGUGCUCAACCGCUUUGUGCCUGGGCGCCACCCGCCCGAGAAGCUACUGGUUCGCGACGGCCGCCGCUGGUGCACCGACGUCUUCGAGCGCUUCGUGGCCGCCGAGCAGUCGGUGGCCCUGGGCGAGGAGGUGCGGCGCAGCUACUGCCCGGCGCGUCCGGGCCAGCGGCGCGUGCUCAUCAACCUGUACUGCUGCGCGACCGAGGAUGCGCGCUUCAUCACCGACCCCGGCGUGCGCAAAUGCGGCGCGCUCAGCCUCGAGCUUGAGCCCGCCGACUGCGGCCAGGACACCGCCGGCGCGCCUCCCGGCCGCCGCGAGAUCCGCGCCGCCAUGCAGUUUGGCGACACCGAAAUUAAGGUCACCGCUGUCGACGUCAGCACCAAUCGCUCAGUGCGCGCGUCCAUCGACUUUCUUUCCAACUGAGGGCGCGCCGGCGCGGUGCGAGCGCCCUCUGCCCGGCCCCGCCCUCUUUCGGUCCCCGGGCCUGCGGAGCGGGGUGGGGCGGGGGAAAUGAUGGUUCUGCUGUGUGCGCCUCUUUCCCCGCCCUCCGGCCCCGGGGAGAUGAGGUCAUGGGAGGGUGGGUGGGGACACACCCAGAGACUGGCUUUGGGAUUGGGCCCUGGUCCGCUGACUGCCAGGCUGAAGGAACCCGCCAAGGAAUGAACUGGUAAGGGUGACUGAGAAGAGGUUUGCAAGACAGAGCGCGCAGCCCUGCAAGUGGCAAGUGACCCCGAAGGAAGAACGCAACAGAAGAUGGAGUCCUGGUCUGAACUUAGGCGAGUAGGGGUGGGGGUGGGAUGGCAGGAGGAGCCGCAGGAGGAAGGUUGUGCAGGGUCUGGACCUGCAGGGCUGGAGUUCACUCACUGAUGGACCCAGCCUGAACCGGGAGGCAGGCAGAGGAACCUUGUGCUGUAAGAAAGUGACUGGAAGUGGACUCCAGAGGGACAGCUGUGGUAGCACAGUCCUGGUGUGGUGCUGACCACCCAAAUAUGACUGUGAACUGUAGAAAGGGCAGUAGAUCUCUAAUGGGGAGGUGGGAACAUUAUUAUGAUGGAGGCAAUUAUGAGGGGAUAUGAGGGUAGCAUUUCCUUCUAGACAAAACACCCAUCUGGGAAGGCCCCAAGGGCAGCUUGUGAAGGACCCCACUUGCACCCCACCCCAGCCAUGGAAGGACAGCUGGAGGGUGGAUGAGGAGGCCAGGGGGAGCACUGAGGGGUGGUCCCAGCUCUGCUAUUGACUCGGUGUGCCUUUAGGACAUUCUCUGACCGCCCAUGGGCCUCAGUUUCCCAAAGUGUGAAAUGUCAGGCACUUCCCUCCAACUGUGACAUGCAACAGCCCCACCUGCCUGAGAGCCCUGAGGUGACAAUAAAACAUUUAUGCCCAAGGGGAA